AUUAUUUGAAAGUGAAGAAUAUGCUGACGUAACCAUUCAAGUUGGUUCAGAACCCAACGCCAAGUUUUUUCGAGUGCAUUCUCUAAUUUUACGUACUCGUUCUCCCUUUUUCCGCUCGGAACUUCUAAAAUAUGCCACAGGAAAUACCAAGAACAUUGUGUUAACCUUCAAUCAACCGAAUAUCUCAGUAGGAAUCUUUGAAAUACUACUCAGAUACAUUUACAUGGGAAGAAUAGAUAUUGCAAACUAUAAUGUACCGGACACCUUAAGUAUUUUAUCGGCAGCGAGUAAAUUGGAACUUCCGGAUUUGUGCACAUACAUUCAGGACUAUCUUUUAACUUUCAAAAAAGAUUUAUUGAAGCAACAUUUUGCCCUUGUGAAUAGAAUUGCUAAAGACUUUGAAAAUUUAUCAGCAUUUUGCAAAGAAUUUUUAAAGAAAAGCCCUGAAUUUUUCCUUCAUGAUGAAAGCUUCGCAUCAUUCAAAAAAGAAGAGCUUCUUGAUUUUUAUGCAAAGUCUUCCUCCCUAGUUAAACCAAUUGAUUUAUGGGACAAACUUAUCGAGUGGGGUAUCCUUCAGCUAAAGUUAACGGGAAAAAAUCAUGAUGCUUUGGGAGACAUAGUAAAACCGAUGAUUCCCUAUAUCGACUUUAAACGAAUUGAGAGAGUUGAUUUUUUUCAAAAAGUUCGACCUUUUAGAUACGUUUUUAAUGAAGAUGAUUAUAUUCAAAUUCUCGAAAGCACACUUCGUGAUCUAUCGUCAAAAUCAUCUCAUCCGUCAUCCCAUCCGCUAUAUAACCCGUCACCUCAUCCGCUACAUCAUCCGUCGUCCCAUCCGCCAUCUCAUUUGUCAUCCCAUCCGCCAUCUCAUUCGUCAUCCCAUCCGCCAUCCCAUCCGUCAUCCCAUCCGCCAGCUCAUUCGUCAACCCAUCCGCCAUCUCAUCC